CCUUUCAAAUACAACUAACGAAUCUUGUCAUUUAGUCUAUGUCGAAAAUAUAAUAAUCUAUGUAGGUACUAGCGCACAACUUUACUCGCAGUGAGUAUUGUAAUAUAUCUACUGCUAUACAUAUUAUACAAGUGUAGAUUUAAAACGUGUUUAUUUCAAUUAUGUGACCGCAUACCUGUUUUUCUUUUACUUCAAUUGAAUAAUUUUGUUAUUCUCAUAUUCUCCGAUAUCAUAAAAUAACUACUCGUACUUAUGAAAUGAAAUAAUAAUAUUAUUUUCAAUACUCUUUCGUUUCAUUUCACCAAACAGUGCCUCGCCUUGUCGAUGAAAAAAUUAAAUAUGGAAUGUCAAAACAUGAAUCAGUGCAAAGAAAAAAAAAUGGCAAGUCAUUUGAUUUGACAAAGUUCAUAAUCUGAAAUUUGUUGUUAAAAUAUGUCAUACUCUAAGAAUGCCCGUAAACUACCGGAUAUCAGUAAAUCAUCGCUACACACAGACACACGUGAGGCGGAAGGAGUGAUUGCCUGCAGUGCUUCUGAGAGUUGCACCUAUGCUGUGACCGUGUCAAAAAAAUCAAGCGGCACGGCUGAAGAAUCUCCCCUCUGUUCCGGACAAAAAUCCUUCAUAAGUAUCCACUCAACCGACCAGCUAUGUCAACUGUCCGACAUCGAAAACCCUGCCAACCUUGACGAGUGCAACGUUGAAGUUAUCAGCCUGAACGAAGUCUUCCCUUCAACGUCAGAAGAAAGCCUGUCGAAUGACGAAGAACCGCAAAGAAAAGAAAAGAACCGUGCUAAGAAACCUGUCACUAAACACGAGAAAACCGCUUACGUGCCGACCAAUAGCAAGUCUUCGACCGUCUCUCGACAGAAAGAACCGAUGGAAGGUCAGACGUCGGUGUAUUCGGACUUCGAUAUUCCGAAGAACACGAUGUAUGUGGUUGGGAGCGACCCGGGAGAAGCGAAGAAGUCAUAUCAGGAUCCGCCGAAGAAAAUUUCAAAGACGAUGAAGAAGCUGCUCCGAAACAUAGACAAGCAUAAGAGCGACCAAAACAGCAAAAGCGAGAAACAAGCACUCAGCAAGUUGACCAUGAGAAGUAUCCUUAAGGACGGGCGCUGUGGGCCGGAAUGCACCGGAGACUCUGUUCAGCCCUCUGAUGAUUACUCAAAUGACGACCAUAAUAUCCCCCCGUUUAUGGAAUUCGAGCCAACAAACUACGCCAAUUACGUCAAACAGAACCCCGACAAAAACGUCACCUUCAACACGCAAGUUGUCAUCAUCCACUUCACUGGCGACCUCUGCGUGGGGCAAAGCGUAGAAACUCUAAGCAAAGAGAAAGACCAACAAGCACGUAACUCUGAACUCAGAAAAACUUUCCUUAACAAGUAUAACGAGCACUGGCCCACACAGAAGUAACCCGAUUUUAAACUACAAUUAUUUUUUGCGCCUUUGAGUUAAAACUGGGAACAGCGCGAGUGAUAAAAAUAUAUGCGCCAUUCUCGCGAACGGACUUUAGUAUAGUAGCCCUAUUGCAUUAAGGUCCAUUUUCCUGAGUGACACAUACUCAAUUGUUUGUCUAUGGUCGAUCAAUUUUAUUGCGCAAUCUCAGCUGUCCAUCGCACUAUAACUUCGUUUGUCAGAUAGCACAAACGUUGCCGCCAAAAUUGUCACGAAAAGCGAAAACACCGUGACAAUUUCAAAAAGUUAAGAAUAUUGGAUAAUUUCAUCAGGUUUAAUUUAUUUCUACGGAUUGUGAAUAUUGCGAUAGGCGUCUAGCUAUUAUUUAAUAUAUUAAGUUGUCCUAAAUGUUUUAUUAAUUUAUUAUAUCUGCAAGUUUUGUAAUGUUACUGAAUUAUGGUGCUAAUACAUGUUCCCUUGUUUAUUUAAAGUCCGUUCGGUUAGCUAAGCAUUUCUGUAUCAUGUAGAUUUAGUAAAGCAAAUUGAAAUAGAGAUUUACAAAAUCA